AUGGAAAGAACAUCUUGUGAAAGCAAGUCUUUGCGUGAGAUGUAUUCUAAAGAACAAGAGCAUCCUAGUGCUAGGAGUCAUUUAAAUGCAAGAAAAUCGAACAAAGUAUCUAAAGAAAGAACAGAUCUUAAUCGAAAGAAAAUAGCCGAACAGUCAUCAAAGGAAUCGCUAAUGUUGAAGCUAAUUGGUGAUAAAGUAAAAAUCCACGGACAUGAAGCGAAAGCUAGCAUAAAAGAAACAAAGGACAGACUUAAGACCACGAAACCAAGUUCUAAAAAUGAAAACAUAAAGCAUGGACAGAAGUCAAAUUUCUUGGACGAUGAAGGUCAAGUGAAAUUGCGAAGUGCUUUACUUUUGUCUCCACUUCACAUUUGGAAAUUUAAAGAUCGUUUCAACUCAGCUGAAUCUCUAGGAAUCCACGAAACUUUGCUGCAUCAUGUUAUAGACAACAAGUGGAACAAACGACUUAAACACAAACUUUACAAAGUCUUUAGAGGCGAGAAUGUUCAUGUAUCCGUUAUAGGAGGCUCGAACACAGCCGGAGGGGGCAUACAGAAAGACGAAGGCACAACAGAGGGCAUAUUUUUUCGUGUUAUCUUAGAUUGGUGGCAAAAAGUCAUAACGCCUAUCACCGGUUCGCAUCUUAAGAUGCGUCAAAUUGCCAUGGGAGGGACCGGAAGUGACUUUUUUCAGUAUUGUUACAAAUCAUACGUUCAAGAAAAUGUUGACCUUAUUUUUCUUGAGAUGUCUGUUAAUGACCUUCAUGACUUACCGAAUCAAGCCAACCUUAGCCUGCCUCCAGCAGUUCUAUACGUCAAUCUUUUCAGCGGUCGUUCCUACUAUCAAGGCUGCGCGAGCCUGGAAGAUUUUGGCCAGCGGCUGCUCUCGGACGUCUACAACAUCACAACUUUUAGCUGGCGCGAUGCAGUUUGUCCCGACGGACAUCACAUAAAUCAAUUGGGGCAUGCGCAUAUAGCGCUUAUGGCGAUAAACCUAUUUCGUGAUGUUUUUUUGGACAAUUUGAAUCACAUGAUGAAGCUUCGUGGUCUCUUAUUGGACAGCUCAAAUCACGUGAGCAAAUUGCUUCCGCGACCGAUGUUCAUUGACAGAGAAAACAAGAUUAUCAGACAUCCACUUUGUUGGACGACAUUGACUCCGAAUUUCAAGAGGAAAAUCAUAAAAAACAGUAUGGAAGUUGGAGUGAUGGAAAAUUACGGUUUUGAUUAUUUACAUAACAAACGUAUUGGUGAUGGAGAAUGCUGGACAGAGAGCAAUUGUCGUGCUGAUGCAUACAGUGGAUGGACAGGAAAAGAUGUUGGGGCCAUACUUGUAAUGUCAUUUACAAUACCUCCUCUUCAUUAUAAACCUCGCACUGGGACGAGAUCGGUUGUCUUAGCGACACGGACAUGUUGGAAUUGCGGCAUUGCGGAAAGUUGGCUGGACGAUGACAUCAUGGGAAGGAAACGGCUUCAAGGACACAGCAAAUACGCGCAAACAUUGUUGCAACUUGUUGGUCUUCGCGUAGAGCCUGGGGACCACACAAUGAGCGUCAAACUUGUGCAUCCGGGAUAUUUCACAGUAGUGGGGGUUAUGCUGGGACCGCCAGAUGGGCCAUAUUAAUGUUAAGAUAGUCUAUGUCAUAUUUGGAAUGUAAAUGUGACAAUUUAUUCUAAUUACCUCGAGCUACGAUCCUAAAUACCGUAAUUGAUACUU